AUGAGUACCCACGGCCUGCGCGACACACAACCUUCGUACUCCGAUGCCUUUGCACAAAAUUCAGACUUACCGUGUUGUUCAGAAUCGCGCAGCAUCGUCGACUGGCUAGAGAACGUCCUCGAGGCGCAUGACUGGUCGGAGAAAGGCCGCGCCGAUGCUGCGCUGCGACAUUCACGAGCCACCUACCACACCGCAACAUCAUAUUUGACCGCUGGGAUACAGACGAGAAUGAUGCGAGACAACGAACGAACAAAUACAAGGGUAACGAGAUCGAGAAGUCGUCGGCAGCUCAUUACGGACGAGAUUGUGUCGGCGGAGGUAAACGUUGCUGCGUUGCAUAUCGCCGAGGGAAGUGAGGGGGAGCGAAACAUGGAAGACAUAGACGACAGUUGCUUUGCAAAAAACCCUCCCUCAGAACUACCGGUGCUUAAGCGGCGCGACCUCACCGUUCUACCGUCUGCCACAUCCACACACCGCUGGAUGUCCGCUGAUAGUCAAUCG